CUCGCCAAAACUCAGUUGAUGUGUGUGGAAGUUUUGUUUGGUCCAAUCGACCGGCUAACAGGAAUCGAAAAACCAGCAGGAGAGCCCAAUGGCGGCCACCAAGUACGACAGCUUCGAGAAGAUAUGGUCGGGCCCGAAGGACAAGGAGUACUAUGGUCCGGAUAUGACACUCGGCGAAGUGGCCCUGAUCAUUUUGCGUCUCUACUCGGACAAAGUGAUGCAGGUGUUCGAUCCCACGGGCGAGGAGCUCACAGGUGGUCAGCUGUUGGAGCAAAGUCGCCGUUUGGCCCACGCCUUCCAGCGCCUGAAGUUGCAACGCGGCGAUGUGGUCGGCAUUUCGGCCAGGAACACCACUUAUCUCACUGAAGUGGUCAUCGCAGCGCUGCUCAAUGGAACACCCAUCAAUCCACUGCAUCCUGACUUUGACCCUGAAACCACAGCCUAUAUGUACGAAAUCACAAAACCCAAGGUGAUAUUCUGUGAUCUGGACAACUACCAGACCUUGACCGCGGUCAAAAGCAGUCUCAAGUUCAAAACGGAGAUCAUCCUGCUCACUGGAACCCUGCCCGGAGUGCGCAACAUUCAGGAUCUACUGGCAGAUGGUGGCACUGGAUACGACGAGAAAACACUCUUUGCCUGCCCGCACUUGAGUGGCGAUGAUACGGCCUUCAUCAUCACCUCCUCGGGCGUAACCGGUUUGCCCAAGGGCGUAACCCGUUCGCAUCGCAGUCUCCUGAACAGCGCCAAAAUCCCUCAGCUCUUCACCUCGGAGACAGUGCUGUUCUGCAUCAGUCCGCUCUACUGGAUUAGCUGCAUCUUCACCCUGCUUGCAUCGCUGGUCAAUGGAUGUCGCCGGAUCAUUACCAAUCGUCCCUUCAGUGUGGAAUACUUUGCGGACCUGGUGGAGCGACACCAGGUGAGCUUCGUACUCACAGUGCCCCACCACAUGGCUCUGCUGGCCAAAAGUCCGGAGCGACAGGAGCUGGCUGCCAAGAUGCAAUCCGUGCAGUCCCUCGUGUGCAGUGGCUCGAAGGUUCCUCUGGGCAUCUGGCGGCAGUUGUACGAGCUACUGGGUGCCGACAGGUUUGCCGUGCUCUACGGUCUCACCGAGUUCGGAGGUAUCUCCAAGAAUGUGGGAGGUCCGUUGGGCAGUGAGGGCAGACUGCUGCGAAACGUCCAGGUGCGACUGGUGGAUGGACACGGUCAGUCCUUGGGUCCCAACCAGACGGGUCAGAUCCUCGUGAGACUCAAGCUGCGCUGGGGCGGCUACUAUCACAACCCACAGGAAACCCAGGUGACGGUUACGCCCGACGGUAAGUGGCUGCUCACCGGGGAUCAGGGAUACUUCGACGACGACGGAUGCCUCCACUAUCAGACCCGUGACACCGAUGUCUUCAAAUAUAACCACUUUCCCAUUUACCCCAAGCAAAUCGAGGACGUAAUUCUCCACCUGCCAGGAGUCCGUGAGGCGGCUGUCUUUGGGAUUCCCGACGAGGUUUCCACCAAUCUCACAGCCUGUGCUGUGGUCCGGGAUGAAAAUGAGCUGGGUGAGCAGGUAACCGAUGCGGCUGUCAAGGCCAUUGUGGAGCAACACCUUAGCGAAGCAUUCCACAUCCGAGGUGGAGUGUUCUUCGUGGACGAUCUCCCGAAGACGCAAAACAACAAGGUGCAGCGCAGGAGAAUCUGGCCGGAGUUGAGUGAGGCAACCACCCAUCUGUGAGGUUAUCUUCUUAUUGAAAUAAAUGUCAGCUGUUAAAACAAAA